AGUGUGUGGGAUAUCUCCAACCCUUUCAAGGUUAUUCUGUUAAAGGGCAAUAAACUAAAUACAGAAGAAAAUGCCAAAGUUCAUGUGAGGGCUGGUCUGUUCCAUGGUACAGAGCUCCUUUGUAAAACGAUCGUAAGCGCAGAAGUAUCUGGGAGAAGCGACCACGUUUGGAAUGAAGUACUGGAGUUUGAAAUAAACGUCUGCGAUCUGCCAAGAAUGGCCAGGCUGUGCUUUGCGGUUUAUGCUGUGAUGGAUAAGAUGAAAACUAAGAAGUCAACCAAGGCAAUGAAUCCUUCCAAAUACCAAACCAUUAGGAAAGCAGGAAAAGUGCAUUAUCCUGUAGCCUGGGUAAAUACCAUGGUGUUUGAUUAUAAAGGACAGCUGAAGAGUGGAGAAGUGGUGCUGCACAGCUGGUCGUCAUUUCCUGAUGAACUUGAAGAAAUGUUGAAUCCAAUGGGAACUGUCCAGACUAACCCUUACGCUGAAAAUGCAACAGCUUUGCACAUUAGAUUUCAAGAAUAUUCAAAACAGCCUGUUAAUUACCCUCCCUUUGAUAAGAUACUUGAAAAGGCAGCUGAGAUUGCAAGAAGCAGUGAUAAUGCUGCAAUGGCGGGUCGGGGUGGUAAGAAGUUUUACGUUGUGCUCAAAGAAAUAAUGGAAAGAGAUCCUUUAUCUCAACUCUGUGAAAAUGAAAUGGAUCUUAUUUGGACUUUGCGAUAUGACUGUCGUGAAAAUUUCCCACAAUCAUUGCCAAAGCUGCUGCUUUCUUUAAAAUGGAACAAACUUGAAGAUGUCGCUCAGCUUCAGGCUCUCCUUCAGAUAUGGCCCAAGCUGCUGCCCAGAGAAGCAUUGGAGUUGCUGGAUUUCAAUUAUCCAGACCAGUACGUCAGAGAAUAUGCAGUGGGUUGUUUAAAGCAAAUGAGUGAUGAAGAGCUCUCUCAGUAUCUUCUUCAGCUUGUGCAAGUCCUGAAGUACGAACCCUUUCUUGACUGUGCGCUCUCCAGGUUUCUGCUGGAGCGGGCGCUCGCUAAUAGGAGAAUAGGACAGAUGUUGUUUUGGCAUCUAAGGUCAGAGGUUCACAUACCUGCCGUUUCAGUACAGUUCGGUUUGAUACUUGAAGCUUACUGCCGGGGAAGCGUUGCUCAUAUGAAAGUGCUUGCUAAACAGGUGGAAGCCCUUAAUAAGAUGAAGACUUUAAACAGUCUAAUUAAGCUGAAUGCCAUGAAGCAAAGCAAAGCAAAAGGAAAAGAUGCAAUGCAUACGUGUUUGAAACAGAAUGCCUACAGAGAAGCACUUUCUGACCUCCAGUCUCCCCUGAAUCCUUCUGUUAUACUUGCAGAACUACACGUUGAGAAAUGUAGAUACAUGGAUUCUAAAAUGAAGCCUCUGUGGAUAGUAUACAACAAUAAAAUGUUUGGAGGGGAUCACGUAGGGAUCAUCUUCAAAAACGGUGACGAUCUCCGACAGGACAUGCUGACCCUCCAGAUUCUGCGUUUGAUGGACAUACUGUGGAAAGAAGCUGGUCUGGAUCUCCG